GAUAGACUGCAUUUUUUCAUAGAAGUUGAAGUAGGUAUAAGCAUAGAAAAUUUCAUUUAUUCUGUAGUAUUAGUGUUGUAAAUAUUAAAUUUCAUCAAAUUGUAUUUAUAGUGAAGUUUUUAUGGUAUGUUUAUUUUUUCUUAACAAUUAUAUUUCAUAUUUUAUCAGUAAAUCCAAAUUAAAAAAAUCAACAAAUGUAUUGAACAAGAGCGGAAAAAAUUAUUGAAUUUAAAACAUUUUAAACAAUUUAAAGCUCAGCAAUGCAAACCAAGAGUUCUAGUUUCGGGGCCCUGUUAAUCGCGUUUUGCGCGUAUUCAGCGAUGUCCCUGCAGUGGACGCAGACCGAUGCCGCGAACAUCCUGGCUGUACAGACGAUUCCUGGCAAGAGCCAUUGGAAUGUGAUGCGGGCUUUGCUUCGGGCGUUGACUGACCGCGGCCACACCGUAACCGUGUUUACACCGUUUCUAGACGGAGACCGAGAUGGUUAUACCGAGGUGGAUGUUUCUGAGAACUUAGAGAUGAGGGUAGAAUUGAACGUGUCACUCUUGGUGGAUAUACAGUCCACGCCAACGUUUAUCACGUACAUCGUGAAUAAGACCCGGACCAGUUGCGCAGCCGUAUUUGAACACCCACAAAUGCGAGAAAUAUUUGACAGUAGGUCACGGGUAUUCGACGUGGUAGUGACUGAAGCGCUCUGGAUGGAUUGCGUGUCGUACGCGGCCACCGUUCUCCACAUUCCAACCAUAUACCUUGUCCCGUCGCCGAUCGUCACACACUCGGAGCGUUUGUUCUUCGGACACGUCCCCAACCCCGCGGCUGUUUCUAACGUGCUGUUCCGGCGCAGCGCUCCUAAAACUUUCUUCGACCGUUUCGCCAAUACGCUACAUUUAGUUUACAGUUCAUGUUUGUUGUGGCGAGAAGAACGGUGGCACCGGCAAAUCAAACCGCUACCACACGACGCCGUGGACCUGGUAAAACCGUCGUUGACUUUCACCAAUACACAUUUUAUCACCGAACCUUCUAGGCCAUUGUCGCCGGACAUCGUACAAAUUGGUGGCAUACAUUUGGCCCCGCCAGGAUCGAUACCGAAGGAUAUUUUAGAAUUCAUUGAUGACGCACCUCAUGGUGUGAUUUACUUCACAUUAGGUUCGGUGAUGUCAAUGUCAUCGUUACCAAAAAAUAUUCUGAACGUGUUUCGAGAUUCAUUUUCUAAAAUUCCACAGAAGGUGCUGUGGAAAUACGAAGGCGAUAUGAAAGACAAACCGAAGAAUGUAAUGACGCGUAAAUGGUUUCCACAACGCGACAUACUUUUGCACCCCAAUGUGAAAAUGUUUAUCAGUCAUGGUGGCAUAUCGGGAGUGUACGAAACUGUGGAUGCAGGUGUCCCUGUACUUGGAUUUCCGUUUUUCUACGAUCAACCGAGAAAUAUUGGCAAUCUAGUUGACGCCGGAAUGGCGAUUUCUAUGGACCUUUAUUCUGUAACUAAAGAUACGUUAUUGAACGCAAUUUCACAAAUUGUCAACGAUGAAAAGUAUUGGAAAAACGCUAAAAUCGCUUCUGAACGGUUCAAAGACCGACCCAUGUCACCUGCGGACUCAGUAGUCUACUGGACUGAGUACGUCUUACGUCAUAACGGUGCGCCACAUUUAAAAUCUCAUGCGCUAAAUCUGACGUGGUAUCAGUAUUUUUUGGUUGACGUAUUAAGCACAUUUUUAUUCAUUGCGUUUAUUGUUUUAUUUAUGGUUUGUUAUGUCCUUAAAACGAUUUAUAAACACUUUUUGAUAUAUGUUCAUAAUGGCAAACUAAAACUGCAGCCUUUUAUCAGUCAUGGAGUCAUAUCUGAGGUGUAUGAAGCUGUGGAUAAAAAAGUAACGGGGAAAACCAUGUCGAGAUUCGCUGUGGUGUUGAUUACGUUUUGCAUGUGCACCAUAUUGCUCCAGUGGACACCGGCGAAUGCAGCAAACAUUUUGGCGGUGCAGACGGUCCCGGGCAAGAGCCACUGGAACAUGAUGCGGGCCGUACUGAGAGCAUUGACUGAUCGCAGUCACACUGUGACUGUGUUUACGCCGUUCAUAGAUGGUGACAGGGAUGGUUACAUAGAGGUGGACAUGUCCGAGCAAAUGAUACCGAUGCUUGGCAUGGACGUGAAGUUUCUAAUCGAAAACUUCGACUCCAUGCGGAAAUCAAUUCCUAAAAUGCUCAAUUUUACCCGGUGGAGUUGCGACAUGGUUUAUGGACAUAGGCAGAUGAUGGACAUUUUGGAAGGGUCGGGAACUCGGAAAUUCGACUUAGUCAUCACCGAACCGAUGGUGUCCGAGUGUGUGGCGUACGUGGCCACCGUACUACGCGUGCCUAUGAUAUACGUCGUCCCAUUUCCGGUAAUCACUUAUUUGGAACGGCCAUUGACCGGGCACGUCUCAAACCCAGCGACUGUGGGGCAUGUCAUGUCACAACACAGUACGCCCAAAACGUUCGCCGAACGGUUUGGCAAUGUAAUACUGACGGUGCACUGUGCAAUGUUGACGUGGUAUACUGAGUGGCAGCUCCGGUGGGCCAACUCGCGACCGUACGACACUGUGGACCUGAUCAAGCCGUCAGUGAUUUUCACCAACACACAUUUCAUUACCGAACCGUCUAGGCCGCUGACGUCCGACGUCAUCCAGAUCGGUGGCAUUCAUCUGUCCCCUCCCAAAUCUAUUCCGAAGGACAUUUUAGAAUUUAUCGAAGACGCCCCUCAUGGGGUGAUUUACUUCACUUUUGGUUCUAUUAUUUCGAUGUCAUCGUUACCAGAAACCGUUCAACGCGUUUUUCGAGAUGCGCUUGCUCAGGUUCCGCAGAAGGUGUUGUGGAAAUACGAAGGUGAUAUGAAAGACAUACCGAAUAAUGUGAUUAUUAGGAAAUGGUUUCCACAACGUGACAUACUUUUGCAUCCUAAUGUAAAGCUGUUUAUCAGUCAUGGAGGCAUAUCUGGAGUGUACGAAUCUGUGGACGCUGGUGUACCUAUACUUGGUUUUCCCUUUUUCAACGAUCAAUUGAGAAAUAUUGAUAAUUUGGUCGAUGCCGGGAUGGGGAUCAAUAUGGAUAUUUUAUCUGUUACCAAAGAUACGCUAUUAAACGCUAUUUUGGAGAUUAUUAACAACAAUAGGUACAAGAAAAACGCUAAAAUCGCUUCCAAACGUUUCAACGAUCGACCUAUGUCACCCACAAAAUCUGUGGUUUACUGGACGGAGUACGUUUUACGUUAUAAAGGAGCACUACAUUUAAAAUCUCAUGCUCUUAAUCUGAAAUGGUAUCAAUAUUUUUUGGUUGAUGUAAUUAGCACAUUUUUAUUUAUUGUGUUUAUUAUUUUGUUCAUAAUCUAUUAUAGCCUAAAAAUGAUUUGUAAACACUUUUAUAUAUUUGUCAAAGAUAAACGUGAAUAAAAUAAAAUGAAACUAAUAGAUAAUAAAUAUUUUAAUUUUUCAAAAUAAUAUUUAGACACUUCACAUAAUAUUAUUGUAAUCGUUAUAUUGUGCAUUAGCUGUAUAUUGUUCCACCUAAGGUUAUACUUUUAAAUAUACUAAGCAGUUAAAAAUGAUUUUUGCGUUAUAAUUUAUUUAUUUGUAACUACUUAUUAUAUAAUCGAUUCAUGUUUGUAGUUUUGGGUCAUAAGUAUAAUUAUUCAUAUUAAAUAUAAAAAUAUCUAUAUUAAAAAAGUGGAAAACUGUAAUAUUUAUAAAAAUUGAUUUUUUUAUAUGUAUUUAAAAAUAAAUAACUAUAGUUUAUAAAAAUAGUUUAAAACUAGUCUAAAUAUUUUUAUAAUUUUAUUGUAACUAGACUAGAUAAUUUUAAUUUAAGUAAGAGAGGAAUGUUUUAAGUUUUGUUUAAUUUUUUUUUAAAUAAUAACAAAAUACCAAAUAUCGUUGUUCAUAAAUGUAAAAUGUCUACACUUAGAUUUAAGAGUCAAUUCAAUUGCAUUGAAGUAGAUAAUUGAUUAGAUAAUUAUCCCCCCUGGUGAAUAAUAUACGCCAAUUGGUUAUAUCUAUAUUAGGUGUAUAAUAUGUACAUUUCUGUAAUUUUUGUAGAGCAAUUGUGAACCUAUAUUAUAUAAUAUAUUAUUUACUUGUUUAGUACUAAAUAAACUGCAGUUUUAUCUUUUA